AUGGUAAUUGAAAAAAAUUUGCUGAAGAACGUUAUGAAUUUUGUGAAGAAGGUGGCCGCGUCUCCCCUGUGGGGGCUUCGGGCGUUGGUGCUCAAGAGAAGAUUCGCCCGCAUGAGAGUGUGGGACCCCGGAGAGGACUCGGCCGAGCAGGGGGUCCCAGACGAUCUAGGAACUGGCGAGGAGGACGCGUGGGACCAGUGGCGAUCCCAGCUGAUGAACCAGGGAGGCGAACACAGAGGCACGGAGGCGGUCCUCCCAAAUUGGGGGACAUGGAGAAGCUGCCGCGGCCUCCCGCUCACCUACAGGAUUACCCAAGUGCUCACAGGACAUGGCGUGUUCGGCGAGUACCUGAUGAAAUUCGGACGGGAGACGACGGACAUCUGUCACCACGGCGGGGAGGGCAGGGAACACAGCACACGCCGGAGUUUUAUCCGGCGUGGGAGCUGUCCCACUACACCCUGCGGCACGUCAUAG